AUGUCCGGGCUCGACUCGCCGCGUCGGCGCCGCGACACGUCCAUAGACCGCUACUCGACGCCCACGACGUCGCGGCGAGAGUCUCCCUCGCUGGAGCUGCACGCACUUCGCAGCGCCAAGGUCAACGAGGAGGAGGAUGAGGAGGACUACGACGAUGCAGAUGAUGAGGAGGCACUCCUCAGCGCGCCCGAGGCGCGGCUGCACGACGAGGAGAGAAAGCCGCAGGAUCUGACGGGCGACGAUCCGGCCAGCUUGAUCCGCAGAGCGGUGCCGGAGACGGACGACGUGACCAUGCCGGCUUUGACGCUGCGAGCGGUGGUGCUCGGCUCGAUGUUCUCGUGCUUGGGAGCAGCAGUCACCCAGCUCUUCUUCUACCGCUCCAACUCGCCCUCGUUCUCCAGCUACUUUAUCAUCCUCAUCAGCCUGCCGCUGGGACGCUGGCUUGCCAAGGUCACCCCGAAGCGCACGGUCCGCUUUCCUCUCUUCGGUGACGUCGCACUCAAUCCCGGCCCUUUCAACAUCAAAGAGCAUGUCUUAAUUGCCGUCAUCUCGAGCUCGGGUGCCCAUUCGGCAUAUGCAUCCGACAUCAUCAACGUACAAGACCUCUUCUUCAACCAGCAGAUGAGCGUGUUCGCCAGCCUGGUGCUGCUGCUCUCCACACAGACGCUCGGCUUCGGCUUUGCGGGCCUGCUGCAUUCGGUGCUCGUCAAGCCCGUGGCGAUGAUCUUCCCCAGCACGCUCGUCGUCACGACAAUGUUCCACACGCUGCACGGCGCGCAGUCCGCCGACACGCGCCCGCGCCUGCGCUUCUUCAUGUUUGCCUUCAUUGCCGUGCUCGUCUACCAGACGCUGCCGAACCUGCUGGCGCCGACGCUGAGCUCCGUGGCGCUGCUCUGCAUGCUCAACAACGAGAACAAGGUGUUCACCGUGCUCAGCUCGGGCUUCCGUGGCUUUGGCGUCCUCAACUUUUCGUUUGACUGGUCGGCCGUCGGCACGUCGGGCCCGCUGUACACGCCCCUGUGGGCGGCCAUCAACUACUACGUCGGCUUCGCGGGCGCCAUGUACCUCGUCAUGCCCAUCCUGUACUUCAGCAACUUCUGGCAGGCCAAGCGCUUCGCCUCGCCGAUCAACGCGGCGCUCUACGACCACGUCAACUACGAAAAGUUCGACGUCAUGAGCGUGCUGACGCCGGAGAACACGCUUGACAACGCAAAGUGGGCCAAGGUGACGCCCGUGUACACGACGCCGUGGUUCGCCAUCUCCUACGGCAUCUCGUUUGCCACGCUCACGUCGAUGAUCUCGCACGUGCUGCUGUGGUACGGCGGCGACAUCAAGCGUGCGAUGUUUGCGCGGCCCGGCGAGGACUACCACGCGCGCCAGAUGCGCCACUACCCCUCGGUGCCGCGCAGCUGGUACCUCGGCACCCUCGCCGUCUCGCUGAGCUCCGCCAUCAUCCUGGUGGCCACCAGCCCGCUGCAGCUGCCCGUGUAUGGACUGCUGCUGGCUGUGCUGCUCGCGAUCGUGUUCCUGGUGCCCGUGGGUCUCAUCAAGGCCAUCUCGGACACGACCAUCGGCCUCAAUGUCGUCACAGAAUUCGUGUGGGGCCUGCUCUCGCCUGGCUCGCCUGUGGGCAACGCGACGUUCAAGUGCUUUGGCUACCUGGCCAUGGGCCAAGCGCUCGACCUCACCGUCGAUCUGAAGCUGGCACACUACCUCAAGAUUCCGCCGCGCCACAUGUUUCUCGCACAGAUGCUCGGCACCGUCAUCGGCGCAUUCGUGAAUCUUGCGGUCCUGCGGCUGGUACUCAACCCUGAGGCCGGCUACCGCGCGUUCCUCACCGGCGAGAAGAUCGACCCGUCAGGACAGUGGGACGGGCGAAAGGUGCACAUCUUCUUCUCGGCGACGAUCAUCUGGGGCGCCAUCGGCCCAGCCCGCUUCUUCGUCGGGGCCUACAAGAAGCUCUACUGGGGCUUCUUCCUCGGCGCCAUCGGGCCGGUGAUUCCCUGGCUGCUCAACAAGCGCUGGCGGCACCCGUACUGGCGGCUCAUCAACUUUCCCGUCAUCCUCCAUGCGGCUGGAUCACCGCCCCAGACGCCAACGAACGUGAUCUUGAGCGGCUGCAUUGCGGCCAUGACGGCGCAGUGGUGGGUGCGAAAGCACCACCCCAAGUUCUUCGCCAAGCGCAUCUAUGUGCUCAGCGCUGCGCUCGAUGCGGGCUCCUCCGUCAAUGCGCUGGUCGUGUUCAUGCUGAGCAUCACGCUGCUCAAGGCCUUUCCGGGCCUGCUGGGCAACUGGUACCUGCGCCCGGCGCUCGAUGCCGAGCACUGCACGCCCGAGCCCCACGUGGCCGCCGUCGGGGCCUCCUGA